UAUAUCGCUUUGGAUUGUGGGUAAUGUAACUGAAACGACAACAAACAUCUUUCUAGCUCCAACGUCUGAUUUAUUUCUGCACACGUUCUUUAAGCAGAAGAGUAUGGAAAACGUGCACCAGGCUGCAGAGGAAGAUGACCUUUAUUCUGGUUACAACGACUUCAACCCGGCGUUUUACUCGGAGUUUGAAAAUGACGUGGGCUUCCAGCAAGCAGUUAGAACAACUUACGGAAGAAGACCUCCGAUAGGUGGAAAGUUCCCAGGCACUGCCAUUGGAGCUCGACCGUUGUUUUCUUCUUCUGGAUCGCGCAUGCCUUUGGCCUCUUCAAUGGGCAGACCCGUGACUGGAGCUGUGCAGGAUGGGCUGGCUCGACCGAUGAGUGCUGUCAAAGCCGCCGGUUACUCCUCCACCCUCACACGGGGCUCAGCCUUUGACCCUUUGGGCCGGUCCAGGGGCCCUGCACCUCCUCUAGAGGAUACGCCUGAAGAGAAGCUCAAGCUCCUGGAGAAGAAAAUUAACACCCUGAUAGAAGAGAGCUGCAUGGCUCAGAGCACAGGAAACCUACAGCUGGCUCUUGAUAAAGCCAAAGAGGCGCACAGGGAGGAGCGAGCUCUGGUAAAGCAGAGGGAACAGUCGGGAAGUGCGGACCACAUUAAUUUAGACCUCACCUACUCCGUUCAGCUCAACCUUGCUAACCAGUACGAAAAGAACGAAAUGCACCCAGAGGCUCUGAGCAGCUACAAGGCUAUCGUGAAGAACAAGAUGUUCAGCAAUGCAGGCCGUCUGAAAGUCAACAUGGGAAACAUCUACUACAAACAGAAAAACUACCAUAAAGCAAUUAAGUUCUACCGCAUGGCUUUGGAUCAGAUCUCCAACGCUCACAAGGACAUGAGGAGCAAGAUCAAGCACAGUAUUGCUGUGGUCUUUAUUGCUAUGGGCCAGUAUUCAGACGCCAUAACAUCCCUCGAGGACAUCAUGAGUGAGACGCCCAACAUAACGGCAGGCUUCAACCUCAUCCUGUGCUACCACGCUGCUGGAGACAGGGAGAAGAUGAAGAAGGCCUUUCAGAAGCUCAUCUCUGUUCCUUUGGGUAUCAGCGAUGAGGACAAGUACAUCCCACCAAAUGAUGACACCAGCUCAAAGAUGGUUAUUGAGGCCAUCAAGAAUGACAAGCUCUCCCAAAUGGAGAGAGAUUUGAAAGCCCGGGCUGAGAAGUACAUUACGACUGCAGCUAAGCUCAUUUGCCCAGCUAUGGACGCUUCAUUUGCGAGUGAAUUUGACUGGUGUGUUGACAUGGUGAAGAAUUCUCAGUAUGUUCAGCUAGCCAAUGAUCUGGAGUUCCACAAAGCCAUGACAUGCCUCCGACAGAAGGAUCACAAUCAGGCCAAGGAGAUACUGAAGACAUUUGAGAAGAAGGACAGCAAAAUGAAAAGUGCCGCAGCCACUAAUCUCUCUUUCAUUUACUUCCAGGAGAAGGACUUCGACCAGGCCGACAAGUAUGCUGACCUAGCCAUGAGUGCUGACCAUUACAACCCAGCAGCCCUCACCAACAAGGGAAACACGGUGUUUGUCAAACAGGAUUAUGAAAAGGCUGCAGAGUUCUACAAGGAAGCUCUAAGGAAUGAUUCCUUAUGCACAGAGAGCCUUCAUAACCUAGGUCUGGCCUACAAGAGACUAAACCACCUGGAGGAAGCCCUGGACUGCUUCCUGAAGCUUCAUGCCAUCUUAAAGAACAGUGAUCAGGUCAUGUACCAGCUGGCCGAUAUCUACGAGCUGAUGGGCGAUCGUCAGCAGGCAAUCAAGUGGCUGAUGCAGGUCAUCUGUGUGACCCCGACUGACCCCCAUGUCCUGGCCAAACUAGGAAAGCUGCACAAUGACGAGGGGGACAAAUCUCAGGCUUUGCAUUACUAUAGUGAGUCCUUCAGGUUGUUUCCCUGCAAGAUUGAUGUGAUCGAGUGGCUUGGGGUUCACUACAUCGAGAGUCAGUUCUUUGAAAAGGCCACCCAGUACUUUGAAAGAGCCACACUCAUACAACCCACCCAGGUGAAAUGGCAGCUAAUGGAAGCGAGCUGUUACAGAAAGAGCGGAAACUACCAGAAAGCUCUAGAAACCUACAAAGAGAUCCAUCGCAAGUUUCCAGAAAAUGUGGAUUGUCUGUGUUUCCUGGUGAGGCUGUCCACAGACAUGGGUCUAAAGGAGGUCCAGGAAUAUGCCACUAAGCUGAAGAAGGCAGAGAAGAUGAAGGAGAUCCGAGAACAGAAGGUGAAGUCAGGACAGGGGAGCACAGCGGGAGGUCGGAGAGAAGGCAGUGGAGGAAGUGCUGCAGUCGUGUCUACACAUGUCCCCACCUCUCCUAGGAAGUCCGGCGUCAUGGAAUCUCAACCUGAAUCCAAACGAUUCAGUCGUCUGUCAGACUCAGAGGGAGACAGCAACCACAGCAGUGGCAGCAGUAGAGGAGAGCGUCUGAGUGCCAAGAUGAGGUCACUCACCGUUUCCAAUGAGCCUUACGAAGCCGACAGCCAAAAAGAACUCGAUGCUUCCUACAUGGACCCACUGGGGCCUCAGAUAGAGCGACCAAAGACUGGCGCUAAGAAGCGUGUGGAUGAUGAUGAUGACUUUGGAGAUGAAGAGCUGGGGGAUGACCUGCUGCCAGAGUAGAUGCAUCAAACCUUUUUUAAAUCUCGACGACGGCCUGGUGUCAGAAGGUCACGGAGGUCGUUCCUCAGGAGUCUAAAAACCCUCAACAACCUGUUGGCACUCCAACAGAGGAGACCACCACCACAUUUGUUCCAGAAGAGAUGCCACCUCUUGAAGGUGACGACGAUGCUUCAUGAAUGAAACGGACUUCACCACACUUCAAACCCUGCUUCAGCACUAGUUUAUCCCCUAAAAGUGCAGGAACUGUAAAUGAAAUCGUUCCUGUGGUGUGGAGGACCAGAACCGUACACUAUUCCUUCUAAGAAAAACGUUUAUUUUUUUAUUUUGCUGUGAAAUUACAAAAGUGACUUUUUUUCUAGUACUGUUGCUUCGAUGUACAUGUUUGUGGUAAAUGUUCGGACAUGACCGUGUUGGGGUGUAUAGUCUGACGUCUGGAGGGAGAGGACCGUUGGGUUGUUUUUGCCUGAGUUCAGGCCUGCCUGUGCAACAAGUCUUGUUCUUUUGCAGAAAAUAAAGCUGUUUGUAAAAAAAUAAUAAAAUAAAAUAAAACUAAAAGAGCAAAAGUCACCUUUUCUAAUUUUGCUUGGAUGAGCUGUUGUUGGUAUAAUUUCAAACAGCAGCUUUUAUUUGAACAUCGUCGAUUUUGCUGAAUAUUUUAAAGGCUUGAAAUUCUAAAUGAUCUUGAUUUUAUACAAUGUUCUUGUGUUUUCUGUUAAAACGUUCCUUUUAUUUCAUAUUAGAACUGUGAGCUUUGCAUUUUUCUGUUUCUAAGAAACCUUUAAGACGUGGCUGCAGGGCGGAUCAAAGCCAGUCCACUUCCUGGCUCAUCCCUUGAGUUAGGAACCUUUUUUCUGCUUGAAUGAUUCAGAGGUCAGAGUUCAGUACGAACUGAAAAUCUAUUUCUCUGAAAAAGUUCAGAAACUGGGUAAAAAUUCUGCCUGGAUUUAUACAACACCUCAGAAAGGUCUCGAGAACGUCUGGAGAAUGUAUCGAGAACAUCCGGGGAAUGUCUGGAGAACGUCUGCAGAGCUGCUGAUCCUUCUGACCAGUCAAAAACAGUCAUUUACUGUAUUCCCGCACCGUGCACUUUAUGAAAGACAACAUUAAGUAAAGAAUGAAGGAUCCAUUGAUUUGACUAAAAACCUCCCGAGAAACACGUGCAGGAACCAGGAUCUCCAUUAGACCCCACAUUAUUGAGAUCCAGUUUAUUUGAAAUUUAGGGAAUUUCCCCAAAAAGGCUUUGGACUGAUGGGAACGACUUCCUGUGUCCAAAGUUUUAUAAAUGAAAGAGCUGGUGUUCGAAGGGGGGGCUGGUUUUGGUGUGUGUGUGUGUGUGUGUGUGUGUGUGUGUGUGUGUGUGUGUGUGUGUGUGUGUGUGUGUGUGUGUGUGUGUGUGUGUGUGUGUGUGUGUGUGUGUGUGUGUGUGUGUGUGUGUGUGUGUGUGUGUGUGUGUGUGUGUGUGCGCGCUCUGUCUUCUCCACCCCCAGUGAGUCGUGGAGGAUGGCUGCUUAUACUGGGCCAGGAUUCUCUGGAGGUUUCUUCCUGUUAAAAGGGAGUUUUCCUCUCCACUGUCGCUGCAUGCUUGCUUAGUAUGAGAAUUGCUGUAAAGACUCUGACACUAGUCAGUGACUUGAUGCAACCUGCUGGGGUUUUUUUCCCUCCACCUGAACCAAUCCUCAUGUUGCCCUCUGAUCUCUAUUAAGGUAGUGCGACUCGGGUUGUGAAUGACCACAGUCACCAGUUCUUGUCAUGUGUGUUGCCCAUGUAUGUCUGAUCUCUGAGUUGUGGGUACUGAAACUCUAAUUUCCCUCUGGGAUUAAUAAAGUAUCUUUGAUUUGAUUCCUUAUGUAGGAAACUUUUUUCUGAUGGGCUUAAUGACCCGACCUGUGUUGGAAUGAAGGUCCUCGAGACGGCUCUUGUUGUGAUUUGGCGCUUUAUAAAUAAACUUGAAUUGAGUUUUUCUCCCUCAUUG